CAAGUUUGAAAGUUUGGUAGAAAUCGCGUCUGCCUCGUGUGAUCGACAAUCAGCCUAGCGGGUGUCGCUUUUUUCGCCGUGAAUUCGCCAAAAUUGACACUGAAAGCGAGUAAACGGGUGUCCACGCGCUUCUCAAACGUCCAGAGCAGACAUUCUACCAGUGUCCGACCGCUUUUAUCGCCAAAUCCAUAGAUAUUUGGCGCUUUUAAAUGUCGACCUUCCACAGACCGAAGGUGUACCGCUCGACGGUGGGUUGCUGCAUCUGCAAGGCGAAAAGCAGUAGCAGCCGCUUCACGGACAGCAAGAGGUACGAGGAGGACUUCAUCGAGUGCUUCCAACUGUCCGAACAACGGGGUGGUGAGAUCUGCAACGCCUGCGUCCUGCUGGUGAAACGGUGGAAAAAGCUGCCCGCCGGCUCGCAGCGCAACUGGAGUCACGUCGUGGACGCUCGCUCCGGCCCCGGCACCAACAAGUCCCUCAACAAGUUCCACAAGAGGAAGCCCAAGUUAAGGGCCAACCUCGUGCUCAAGUCGAAUGCGCCGAAAAAACUGCAGGAUGCCAUCAUUGGCAAGCGGAAGAAGCACACAUAUCGCAAGCAGGAGAACGUCACUCGAGAGACGAGUCCGACAAGCGACCAGGGCGAAGAGUCUGCCGGCAGUGACAUGGACGAUGAUGACAUGGACCUGCAAGACUCAUCGCCGUCGUCGCCCCUGUCCGGGGGCGGCGGCGUGUCCAAGGAGCCGAGCCCGCUGCUGGACCCGUCGUACUGGACGCGCGAGGAGGUGUGCUGCGGCUUCGUGUUCCGCGGCCGCUGCAACGAGGUGGUCGUCGACCCGCAGUACCUCAAGCCGUGCCGCGGCCGCGCGGCCUUCAAGUUCCCGUCGCGGCCAGAGUCGCCGGUGGUGCCGGCCGUGGCCAAGACGGUGCUCGGCAAGGACGUGGACAGCUCGUCCGACUCGGGCUACGACGACUACUCGAGCAAGGACGCCAAGGCGGUCGAAGAGGCGCCUCGACCGACCCCGGCCCCCGAAUGCCCACCCGCUGCCAGCUCGGACGCCACCGCCUCUGAUUAAUGAUAGCGCACAAGUUAAUCAUCAAAAUGAAUUUUAAUUAAUUGAUUACCUUUCAAGAAUGGGUUAAUGAAUUUCGAUUUUUUGACGUUUUGUUUCGUUCGCAGGAGAGAAAGAUGAUGCCAAGCCCAAAGUUUUUCAAACGUCGGCGCCAGUCAGACUUCUUGUAUAACUGAAAAAAAAUGAUAUUUAAAAAAGUAAAUGAUAGCCAGCUUCUCCAGGGGUUGAUUCGAGAAAAAUCGGUGCUUCGGCCGAGCGGCGGGAAAUAUUUAUGCUCCCCGAUUUUCAAAUCUGCAAUCCAACCAACUUAACCGACGAGCAAUAAAAACAAACCAAUUGAGACUGACCCAAGUCUCAUUUUUCCUCAAACAAACUCACAAAUAUAAAUAUAUGUAUAUCAAGUUUAAAGACUGUGUAACGAUAAAUUCCCGCCCCCGGCUGAUGGAUUUCUCGUCUCUACCCCCUCCCGGCUGGCUGUAAUUGAUAAAUGUGUAAGCACAGGGUUGAGGCCAGCGUUGAAAUCUUAAAUGAGAAAAGAGUCAAGAGACUGACCAGUCAUGAAUCUUAACUUGCUGUUCUUGGCCAUUCUAACGCGGAGGUUUUCGUUGUGCUAAUUCUAAUGUUGAUGUUACCGGUUUACGAGGAUCAUGUUUAUAGGAGGAAAUAAUUGUUGCGCGUGGGAGGCGAACAGACAAACGCGACUAAUCAAAUCGGUGCUAACGUAGAAAAAAGAAUCUUAUCUAAUCUGGCCGCUGUGUUUUCUCGACAAGACAGGAAUAAACGAAUGAAUUAAUCCGGAUAAAUAGGCCUUCCAGCUGGCAUUUGAAAAACAUCUCCAGGGCAUCCGACACAAAUGAGAGAGUUGCUUUAAUUUAAUAAUAUUAUUUUUUUAUACUUUCAACAAGUGAUAUUAUUAUUUUUGAUGAUUUCAACGAAUUUUAGAACUUAACAAAAUUUGAACCAACAACUAAAAAAAGAGGAGAAAAUCAUUUUAAAUUUAUUUGUGCUUUCGGUAAGGAAAGAAGUGGGAGGGAUGGUUUUACGAUUAAGCCAAAUAGUCAAGCAAACCAAAUUCUCCGCGAGAAAUCGAGACUUUUGACAAGAGUUCGAUCGGUGAGGACACCCCUUAUUGAAAUGUGCAAUAUACUGAUUGAUCAUGAUAAUGAUUUGUAAGUUAGGCAUUUUCGAUGAACAUUAAAUGCAAAUUACACUCGCGCAUAAACACACACUGUAAGAGUAAAACAAACGUACUGUAACUGUCACUCAUUGUCGCUGAGGAGAUUUUUAGAACCACACUUUUUGAGACAACGCCUGACAAACACAGGACCAAAAUAUCUCAUUUGAACAAGGACUGGACUAUACUUUAUUUAAAAAUGUAUGAUGAUUAUGUAAACAUGUGAACUGUACUACAAAUGCGACGUGAGAGAACCCGUUCAAUUUUUUGUGUUUUUUACUAACUGUUGAUUUGGGCCAAACUAUGAAAAGUUCCUGAACUUGUAAAUUACCAUCUUGUACUGUAUCUGUGUCUCCUACUAAUGGUAAGGGAAACACACUGUGUAAAAAUGUUCGAACACUAACAAAUGAACCAAAAGGAAUUUUUGAAGUCGAAGCCCAAAGAAAGCAACUUGAUUUAUAUAUGAUUUCAAAUUUUAGGAAAGAUGAAAACCGAUUUCGGAUUUCCUCGUGUAUUUUUAUUUUUGAGUUGGGAUUAAUGCAUUUCUGGUCCCAUGAUUUGGUUUUGCAAAAAUCAAAUUGUUUGUGUACGUGUUGUUGGAAAAAUGGAGAGAAAUUCUGCGAAUUUUCGGGAUUUUCUGGAUCCCAGUCCUUAUUGUGAAAAUUUUAAUUGAAAAUAUUAUCUAUUCCCGAUUUAUAUUGAAAAUACAUUUAUAUGAAUUAGAUUUUAAAUUUAAAUCUUAUGAGGAUAAUUCUGAGAAUUCAUUAAUAAAUUUAAUUAACAUACACGUAAUGAUGAUGAAUCAAACCAGACAAAUUUGUUACAAAGUACCCUGGAAAUAAAACUGCGACUAGAAUUUUCAUUGCAUUUUACAAGAAACUUUUCUACAGCGCAAAUCAAUGAAAUUUCUAAACUAGAAUUACAGUAUUUGAGGGACUUCCAGGAAAUUUUUAAUGAAACUCUGGUGUGAACGUAGCAUGUAAAUGAUAAAUAAUGAUAAUGAAAGUUUCAACAAAUAUAGAGACACUGCCUCAUAAUAAAAGUAGAAUCUAGACAAAGAGAGUAAACUUGUGAAAAGAGUUUUUAAUUUAUUUCAGGCUCCAACACUACAUAACUUUUCCUUUUGUUUAUUUAUUCCGUCCCUUAUUUGUAUAACCCUGCGUUAAAAUGGAAUAAUAAUAUGAUGAAUAAUAACUCAUUCUACUUGUCGUACGUUGUCAUAUCGGUCCCUUGAGAGCUGUGAUGAUGUGCAUUGUCAUUGAUUGAUAGGACCUACCUUGAUACAACCAGCUAUUACCACUUUCACACUUUUAUGUCUAGUAGCAUUAAAUUAGCGAAGAGUUUAUAGUUUCAUUAUUUAUUAUUGUUUUUAAUUUUAUUGAAGGUACUUUUAAAACUAUUUAAGACAACAAAAAUUGUGUCUGUGUGUGGAUGUAUCUUGUUUUUUUAGCAUUCAAUAAAGUGUAGUAAAAUGUACUUAAA